CACACUUAUCAUCAAACACAAGAUAAAUCAUAAAAAGAAAGGUCUAAAAUAGGGUCUUAACCAACCAGAGUUGACUUAAGUGGUGAGUAGUUUGAUGUCGCUUAACGGCUUAAGGACGGUUUCUAGUUAAGCCUCACCAAAUGUAAAAAACUCUUGUGAGAGACUCAUCCACCAUAAAUCAGGUGUGCAACUAAAGUCGGAUUCGGACCGGUGAGGCAAACUCAAUAAAAUAGAGUCUUAAAACUCCAAUUGGGCCUAUUUAAAUAAUAAAAAAAAAACCCCUCCCAAAUGGGCUAAUCCUUUCUUAAUCGGACUAUUAGGUUCAUCUUCUUGAUUAGAGGCCCAGAAUUUCAAAAUUAAUUUCCACAAAAACUCGAAAAAACCAGUUACUCAAAUACCCGCGACUCAGUGAGUCGACACUCGCGAGCUCGCAAGGUCAUAACUCAUAACCCCAAUUCACCGCCAUAUAAUUCUCAAUAAAUCACCCACAAAACCCUCUUAAUUGUCAAUUAAAAGGGGAAUUACAUACACCCAGAAAGAGAAAUUUCUCCAAUUUCCAGGAUUAUCUGCUACAAAUCAAGGAUAAAUGGAGAGUAUAUUAGAUACUAUUGAUGAAGAGCUGAGCUUUGGAGAUGGUGAAGAUGUGGAGAUGAUGGAUAUUGAAGAAGGAGAAGUUGUGGAUGGGCAUGUUUCAGGGGAAACUAGUGACAAAAAUGAUAUUGAAGUGAAGGUGAUUUCACAGAGUGAAAAUCUUCAACCAGCGAAGAAUACAGGCAAGAGAAGGAAGAAGAAAAAGAAGAAUAAGAAGAAGAAUUUCGUACCCCAAUCAGAUGUCGUUAACAUUGACAGGUUUGUUGUGGAUGUCUGUAAGAGGUUAAGAGAGCGAAAGUCAUAUCUGGUGUAUACUGCAAUUGGUGUUCUGGGAAUAGCUGCUGUUAGGGAUCUUGUUAAAGAGGUAGAAGCUGUCCAAGUUUGUGGAGGUCAGAAGACUGUUCUAGGCGAUCGAUAUAGGUCUGGUGGAGGGGUAUUAUGGAAUAUACUUAAGGCACGAGAUCCCAAUGCCUAUAAGGAGAUAAUGAAGAAAGGAAGGGACUUUGAGAAACAAUUUAGGCGACCGAGUGUCCAACCACCUAGUGCUUCAGAUGCAAUGACCGGUAAGCCAGUGGCUAGCACUUCAGACAAUGACUGUGAGAUAGAAACCCCAGUGCAGGAACAGUUACCACAGCCCAGUGCUGGAGAGAAACGUGUGCCUGUACAUGAAAGGAUUAGGGUGCCUGUCUCGUAUGAUGAUCUGCCUGUAGAGGAGCCAGCAAAUGACCAAUCAUCUUGAAACAACGUGGGCAUCUGCCUGUAGAGGGGCCAGCAAAUGACCAAUCAUUUUGAAACAUCGUGGACAUGUUUUUGGCUAGCAAUGGAGAGUUGAGAUCUUUUUGUGGUCUUCUUUCUUCAAACUUCAAUUCAAAGAGAGGAUAUGAGAUCAAGUUUUGAUAACCAAUUGUUAUAUUUAUAUUUUUUCCCUCUUUAAUGGUCAAUGACUUGUUUUGAUGCCAAUUAUUGUCCACAUUGUUCUUAAUUCAGGGUAUUUCGCCCAUUCUGUUAAUAACUUUAUAUUUAUACCCUUUUAAUUAUAAGUUUCUGUUCCUAAGAAAACAGACUUUCAGAUCAACAAA